UUUGAAGGGGCAGGGCCGGGUCGGCGCGCAGACGUUCUUGCGCAGCGGGUCGCGGGGCGCCCGGGGGCGGCCCAGUCCCGCGCCGAGCGCCGCUCGGGCCGGCCGCGUCACGAGCCGCAUGAGCGCGCCGGAGUGCUAGCGCAGGUGCGCGGGUGUGGUAUGCCCGCGCGUCGCCGCCAUGGCCCCUCUGCUGGUGGCCUUGGCGCUGAUGACCUUGCUGCCCGUGUCGGAGCAAGGUCCCCACGAGAAGCGUCUACUGAACGCUCUGCUAGCGUCGUACAACACGCUGGAGCGGCCGGUAGCCAACGAGAGCGAGCCGCUGGAAGUCAAGUUCGGCCUGACGCUGCAGCAGAUCAUAGAUGUGGAUGAGAAAAAUCAAAUCCUGACCACGAACGUCUGGCUCAACUUGGAAUGGAACGACUACAACCUGAGGUGGAACGAUAGCGAGUACGGCGGCGUGAAAGAUCUGCGCAUCACACCCAACAAGCUGUGGAAGCCAGACGUUCUUAUGUAUAAUAGUGCUGAUGAGGGUUUUGACGGGACCUACCAGACCAAUGUGGUGGUCAGAAACAACGGCAGUUGCCUGUACGUGCCCCCGGGCAUUUUCAAGAGCACAUGCAAGAUAGACAUCACGUGGUUCCCCUUCGACGACCAACACUGUGACAUGAAGUUCGGUAGCUGGACCUACGAUGGCAACCAGCUGGAUCUGGUGCUUAAGGAUGAGAAUGGUGGCGAUUUGUCCGACUUCAUUACAAAUGGAGAGUGGUAUUUAAUAGGAAUGCCAGGAAAAAAGAACACGAUAACAUAUGCGUGUUGUCCAGAGCCUUACGUGGAUGUAACUUUCACCAUAAUGAUAAGAAGAAGAACGUUAUACUACUUCUUCAAUCUUAUAGUUCCAUGUGUCCUUAUCUCUUCGAUGGCUCUCCUGGGCUUCACUCUUCCACCGGACUCUGGAGAAAAACUAACACUCGGUGUGACGAUAUUAUUAUCGUUGACCGUGUUUCUGAACCUCGUGGCGGAAAAGAUGCCUUCGACAUCGGACGCAGUGCCUCUAAUAGGAGUCACUAUUCUUCUCUCGCUGACGGUGUUCCUCAACCUGGUAGCCGAGACCCUGCCGCAGGUCUCCGACGCGAUCCCCUUGUUAGGGACGUAUUUCAACUGCAUAAUGUUCAUGGUGGCGUCGUCGGUGGUGCUAACUGUCGUGGUGCUGAACUACCACCACCGCACCGCCGACAUACACGAGAUGCCACAGUGGAUAAAAUCCGUACUCCUACAAUGGCUGCCAUGGAUACUGCGGAUGUCGAGGCCGGGCAAGAAGAUCACCCGCAAAACCAUCAUGCUGUCCAACCGGAUGCGUGAGCUGGAGCUGAAGGAGCGCUCGUCGAAGUCACUGCUGGCCAACGUGCUGGAUAUAGAUGAUGACUUCCGGCACGGCCCGCCAGCGCCUAACAGUACGGCGUCGACGGGGAACCUCGGGCCAGGAUGCUCCAUCUUCCGCACCGACUUCCGUCGCUCGUUCGUGCGUCCCUCGACGAUGGAGGACGUUGGGGUCGGCCACCAUCGGGAGCUGCACCUGAUCCUGCGCGAGCUGCAGUUCAUCACGGCGAGGAUGAAGAAGGCGGACGAGGAGGCGGAGGUCAUCAGCGAUUGGAAGUUCGCGGCUAUGGUUGUGGACAGGUUUUGUCUGUUCGUGUUCAGCCUGUUCACGAUCAUCGCGACGGUGGCGGUGCUGCUGUCCGCGCCGCACAUCAUCGUACAGUGAGGCCGCAUGCGCCCCACGCACCGAGAGAGAACUAUGCUUAACGUAGACUACGAUACCAUGCGC